AUGGAGCAAUUAAUCGACCUGACCACGGCAAUCGCAGCGGCCGUAUCUCAGCAGUCCAAAGCCAUUGCUGCAUUGACAGAACUAUGUGCCGAACAGCAACCCGCAGCCGCUCAGUUGCGAGCUCUCUCUGAAGCACAGACAACGAUGACGAAGGCAAUGGAGAUACAGGCCGAGAUUGUCAAGCGACAGCGGAUGACGAUUCUCGACAGCAGAGGCAGCAGCUUGCCUUCCCCAGGUGGUGCCUUUACCCGUUUCACUCAGCUGCCUCCCGAGAUUCGGAAGAUGAUAUGGGAGAUGGCGCUGCCCGGCCCCCGCCUCUUCUACCUUCACCGCGACUCGGAAGACACUGUCACGGUUUCCCCGAUCCAGAGACCACCGCCUAUGCGAGCCGCUUGCAGGGAGGCUUGGUCUGUGACCGAAGGCCAUGGAUACUUUGAGUUCGGCUUCAAUGCGACUCGGACCUGGGGUAUCUGGUUCAACCCGACGAAAGACAUUGUUUUCACAGACUACUUGGACACGCCGUGGGAGUUCCCGAAGAUUCAGAACAUCGGAUUACAUUCGGAUUCGUUUUUCAGCCGAGGCAAGUGUAUUUCGCAGCUCGAGUUGGCCAUGGAGGGGUUGACGCACUGCCGCAAGAUUGUGGUGAUCACUCGGCCUGGGUAUGACGAAGAAUAUGAGCAAUGCUCCAACUUGCGGUUCUUCAGUCUGCAGGAUGAUGACCUUAUCUGGUCCACGGAUUACAGGCCACACAUCUAUGAAGUCCAAGACAACGGCGUGACCUGGGGAAGCAUGAAGCAAGGGCUGACGCAGCUGUACCACGAGGAGGAUACCCUCAGACGCCUCGGCAUUGAAGAGAAGGACCUGCCUGAGAUCGUGGGAAUGGAGGUCCUUAUGACCAAUAAGGGCAGUUCAUAG